CGAAAGAGCAGGUUGAUGAUUUCAUGGCUCCAAAAGUCACAUUCACGUGGUGCUGUUUGCUCACCUCCACCAUCGCUUUCGCGCAUUUGAUAUCGCUGUCCGAGCCUGCCACACCCCACGGCGUCGGGCUUAUCUCUCGCGAAUCGAUAAGCUGCCCCUUCUGAGCCUGCUUGGAGAUUGAAACGGCGCGACCGCAUCCCGUCGUGGCGCACAACGACAUGACCUGAGUCCCGACCCAAGGUUCGAUCGAUUCGCAUCCAUCGUAUCCGUCUUCACCCAUACGCCAGUGAUUCCUCAGUAUACCCUCUAACCCACGGGACAUCGAGCUGCAAAGCUCCAGGACCUGCCGUUGCGACACAGACGAUAUCAAACGGCAACACCAUGGUUUCCUCAUUCAGCUCCGAUGAAGGCGAGAUCGCCGAUAACGGAGGUCGUCAUGUGAAGACAACUACUUUGCCACAUCGUGAGGGAGGCGGUGUUGACCGUUCCAACAGAAACCGCGGCCCUCCCUCGCGCUCGCCCGACCACGCCCACCGAUCCGGCUCCCCGCGCGGCUCCAAACGGGCACGUAAUGACCGCGACCGCAACCAUGGCGAUUCGAGGAACGGCUUCGACCGCGACCCGCGGCGGUCCCGCCAUUACGAAGACUCGGGAUCCUCGCGCCGCCAGCCUCGCGGCCGCGGCUACCAGGAUCUAGACCGCCCCGAUGCCCACGGCGACCGCGACUUCGGCUACGACGAUCGCGACAACGACAGGUACCCCGACAGCAAACGCGCCCGCAACCGCAGCAGAUCGCCCUACCGACCGUCGCGUGGCGAUAGAGGACAGCACGGACAGCACGGACAGCACGGACAGCACGACAGGGGCUCCUGGCGCCGGGAGGACGGCCAUCGCGAUCAGCGACGUCAGAAUGGCGGGGAUCAGGCUGAGUCUCACAAGUAUAGUGCCCACUAUGACAGACAGUCACGGGAUGAUACCAUGUCCAAGCGGGCCCCUGUGACUGGCCGCAGUCACUUCCAAAAGGUCGAGGCUAAAUCUGGUCAAGGUUCUGCGGAUAAGCACGGCAGCAGGCCAUCAGAGAGCACCGCCGACAAAGAAGCCAAAGCAGAGCAAGACAGGUUGGUCAACUGGGAGCCGGAGCAGGCGUUCGACGAAGAAGCCGAGAUCGAGCGUCGACGACGUAGGCGCGAGGAACUUCUGCGCAAAUCUCGGGGCUCGACCCCGAUGCAACCGCAGCUUCUUGCUCUGCAGACCGAGAAAGCGGCCUCGAGCACGCCCGGAUCGACCCACGUCAGCACGCCGCUCAGGACCGAGGUUGGCACACCUCUCUCCGGUGUUGGCUCACCCACUGCAUCUCCGGCCCCUGGUCAUGACGCCGGCACGCCUGACGACCUCGAGCACAUGACGGACCAGGACCUCAUGAACACGCAUGGCAAGGCCAAAUCCGAGGAGGACGGUCCGUCUGCAGCUGACUAUGACCCCACCGUGGAUAUGCAGGAGGACGGGCGCCGUGAUGAGAUGCGACAUGGAAAUGUUGGUCUUCACGGAGAAGGCCCUGAUGCCCAGCUCAGAUCGGCUCCCGACGCGGAUGCGCAGGCCCAGGACGAGCAGGUCAAUGCGGACGAGGACGAGGACGAGGGCGGCGACGACUUUGACAUGUUCAACGAUGCGGUCGAGAGGUAUGUUCCACCCAAGAAGGCAAGCGCCGCCGAAGAGGAGGCGGCGCCACAGCUCGCCAACGGCGGCGGCAUCCUCGAAGGCGACGACAAGGAUGGAUACUACAAGAUCCGGCCUGGUGAGAUGCUCGACGGGCGUUACCAGCUCCAGUCGACUCUGGGACGCGGCAUGUUCUCCGGGGUGGCGCGGGCCUUGGACACGACGACGAAGAAGCUGGUGGCCAUCAAGAUCAUGCGCAACAACGACGCGCUGCGCAAGGGCGGCUUCACCGAGAUUGCCAUCCUGCAGAAGCUCAACGAGGCGGACCCGGAGGAUCGCAAGCACAUUGUCAAGUUCGAGCGCGCGUUCGAGUACAAGGGCCAUCUAUGCAUGACGUUUGAGAGCCUGUCGCUCAACCUGCGCGAGGUGCUCAAGAAGUUUGGAAACAACGUGGGAAUCAACCUAAGGGGCGUGCGCGUGUACGCCUACCAGAUCUUUGUCGCGCUGGGGCACAUGCGCAAGUGCAGCAUCAUCCACGCCGACCUGAAGCCUGACAACAUCCUGGUCAACGAGCAACGCAGCAUGCUCAAGAUCUGCGACCUGGGCACGGCCAUCGACAGGUCGGACGCGGCAACAGCGCACAACGAGAUCACGCCCUAUCUGGUCAGCCGAUUCUACCGCGCGCCCGAGAUCAUCCUGGGCAUACCCUACGACUACUCGGCCGACAUGUGGUCCAUCGGCUGCACGCUGUACGAGAUGUACACGGGCAAGAUCCUGUUCACGGGCGACAGCAACAACCAGAUGCUGCGCGCCAUCAUGGAGGUGCGCGGCAAGAUGAGCCGGAAGCUGUACCAGCGCGGCGAGCUCUGGCACAUGCACUUUGACGAGCUCGGCAACUUUAGGAGCUUUGAGCGGGACAAGGUCCUGGGCAAGGUACGUUUGUUGUCGCUUGAUGGUCCCUUUUCCCUGGUCCCCUUUUCCCUACCCGUACGUACACUCGACAAAUUCUUGGUUCUGUCGGCAAAUCAAAGCGGAAAUCUAUUUUUACCCACAUCUGUCCACCGUCCGGACCCUGGCCGCCAUCAAGCCGACGCGGGAUUUGAGGGCCCGCCUGCAGGCCGCGUCUGCCGGCAUGACCGAGGCAGAGUCCAGGGAGUUGAAUCUAUUCCACGACCUCCUGGACCGCUGCCUCAAUGUCAACCCCGACAAGCGGAUCCUUCCGGCCGACGCGCUCAAGCACCCCUUUUUUGCCCAAAAGAUUCACUCGGCCGGCGGACGGCGAUAGGUUGGCCGAGCGUAGCCAGAUGUGUUCAGCGGGCGGGGGUGCGGGCGAGGUACGGCGUCGCACGCAGUCAGAUUAUGCUUCUGCCCCAGUGACAAUGCAAUGUUGGAGUUGGAUCAUCGUGAUUGGAUCAUCGUGUGCUUGUCGCUUGCCCUUUAGUCUGCAGGAUGGAGAAGGAUGGAGAAGGAUGAUACGCCACGACAGCCAGGGUGGCUGAGCAGGCAAUAUCAUCCCAUGUUGGUGGGCCCUGUAGGUAUAUCGGGAUGUUCCCUUUCUCUUGCCUCUCUAGCACCGUCCGAUGCAGCAAGGUCGUGACUAGCGGACAUUGGCCCACGCAAAUAAACCAAACACGUCAAACAUGCCAGGUCAGGGCCGCUCUGGCAUCCCCGUGAAGGAUGUGUGCUGGCCGCCACAGCCGCCCGGCCCUGUGUGAUCCGUCGUGUGUUUGACCUAACGUCUUGGCGGCCAUGCUUCGAGGACUGAGUCGCGUCUAAUAUUGGGGGGAGUGCUUUGGGCCACGCGCCCAUGGAAUGAAUCUAGGAUGCAUCUACACCCCUUCUCCUACUCCUCCUCCUCCUCCUCCUCCUCCUC